AUGAAAUCGCUAUUCCGCAGAGUCUUCGGCUUCACCCCCAGCACGCAACGUAACCGACAUGCAGAACGAUCUCGCGAGGAGCCUCCUGUGCGACCUCUACCUCACUCACGACCACGCCAGCUGAGCUCCUUGUCCCUCGCCAACCCUCAACUGCAAUCGCUCUUCAUCACUCGAAUCCCGCCGGAGCUGAGACUUCUCAUCUGGGAAGCCGUUCUCGCUACGUCCGGACUCAUACACCUCAAAGCAGCGAGAGGAACUCUCAAAUACUAUCCAUGCAAUGAUGAUGGCGACAAGCUCGGUUUCCGGCACAAGUGCUGGCUGAUAUAUACAGAAGCCAUCGACGUGCUAUACCAAACCAACACGUUUGACUUCAACCGACUCGAGGGCAUAAUGAGACUACCUCAAGUCCUAUUACCCGACCGACUACAACGCAUUCGCAGCGUCCAUCUCAGCACAGCCUUCCAGUUCCCACGCGUCUACGGCAUUCCACAAAGGCCACAAACGAGGCUCCCCGACAAUGUGUUAGAAUGGUCUGCCGCCGCUGAGAUCUUGGGUUCGCUGACUGCUUUGGACGAAUUGUGGAUUGAAAUUGCUUCUUGGCCGUACGGUGUGGGCCGUGUUGGACUUGAUGAGGCCUCGCUUUUGGCGAUGCUCUCAGCUUUGGCCGCUCUUCGUGUCCGGAGUUUCGAGGUCACGAUGACGGCGUUUGUCUCGGAACAUGUUCGCGAACAGUUGGGGCCACUGCCUUUUCGUCUGACGAAGCGUAAGAAGCCAGGCAUUGGAUUUUAUACAACGCCCGAUGACGACUGA